UAAGAUGCGGAAAUCCAACCACCACCCACCGGCACGGCUUCCAGUACCUCUUGCAACCGCCGACCCAUCUACCAAAGACCAGACCAGAGCAGACCAGACACGAUAAGACCAGAGAAGGAAAAAAAGACAAUUAGACACCGACAAUGAGCGAAUCCGCCCCUCCAAUCCCCAAUCCCAACAUCCAGGGCACGAAUUCCUCCGUCGCGGUGACCGCCACGGGUACUGGCUCCAGCGCCGGCAGCAAUGCAGAUCAGACCGGGAGUCGCGGACUCCCGUACUAUGAGAAAUUAAGGCGCGAGCUACGCGACACGUUACAGAGGAAGCGAUUGAUGGAUAAGGGCAUGGCCCAACUCGAAGACCAAAUCUUCCGUUUCGAACAAUCCUACCUCGAAGAAACCACCGCCGGAAACAUCAUCAAAGGCUUCGACAACUACAUCAAAGGGUCCUCGAACACGGGGGUCGGCGCGACCUCGCUCUCGUUCUCCGGCGGCGUGGGCGGCGGCGGCGGUGGCAGCGGCACAAGACGCAAGGCCCAGGUGACGGACGCGGAUCGCGUGUUCUCGAGGAGUUCGGCGGGAUUUAUGCGUGACUCAACGCCCUCUUCAUCUCACACGACACCCUCGCAUGCACCGACGCCAACGUCCACGUAUAACGGAUCCACAGGGAAACCGAACGGCGAGACGGGCUCAGCAUCUGGCAGUGUAAAGGGGGGAUCAUCGUCCAAGAACAAGAAGAAGUCCAACAAUAACAGCAGCGGCAAUAACAAAGAUAGCAAGAAUGACGAUGACGAGGAGAGCGGAGAUAAGCCGCCCACGAAGCGGUUGAAGAUCAGCUAUGGGAGGGAUUGAGUGAUUUGCCUGGAUUUCAUCUUUGGGAGUAAAAAAAGGUCUGGAGUUUUGUUUGUCUGGGGGCGGGGGAGCUAGGGCGUUUUGUUUCCCCAUGGUAUUCUCUGGUGUAGUGUAUGAUUAUAUGGGUAAGGUUUCUCUUCCUAUUUCAUGAUAUCCUUUGUCUUAUGUUUGAGAGGCUA